AUGAGUUCUGAAAUUAGUAAAACAGAUUUAAGCAAUUUAGAAUCAAAUACAGAUUCUAUGAGCGAGGCUUAGAAGGAAGCUUAAUUAAUUGGGUUUGCUGUAGAACCUAAGCUUGACUGCCCUCAUUUUGAAUAGCUUAAUGUUAUCACUUUGACAGAAGUCUUUAAUGAUAUGACAUUAGAAACUUUAAAUAAGCCUUGUAAGACUUGUAACCAUAUUGGAGAAAACUGGAUUUGCUUACAUUGUACUGACAUAUUUUGCUCUAGAUAUAUAAAUAAAGAUAUGGCUAAACACGUUGAAAGCAAUUAAGAGCACUGUCUAGUAUUUUCUUUUUCUGAUGGUAGUUUUUGGUGCUACAAAUGUGAUAAUUACAUUUCAAAUAAAACUAUUAAGGAUCUUUAGAAAACAUUUUCAAAGGUUAAGCAUGGAGGAUAAGAAUCAAAUGAAGAAGAAGAAGAAAAAGAAGAUGAUAUUCAUGCAAUAGCUGCUUAACUUCUUUAGAUGCAUCUAAACAAAAAAGGUUAAGAUGGUAUUUAAGAAGAAUUUACCUACUAAAAUUUAAUUGAUGGUUUGAGAGAUAUUUCUCCUGAUUAAGAGAAAAAUUAAGAUGACAAAUACAAUAACAGACAGUUCAAUCGAAUUGUGUUUUUGACUGGAGCAGGUAUUAGUGUGUCUGCUGGUAUUCCAGAUUUUAGAACUCCUGGAUCUGGUUUAUACUCCCAACUCUAGAAAUACAAGUUGCCAUAUCCUGAAGCAAUUUUUGAAAUAAAUUAUUUCAAACAUCAUCCAUAGCCAUUCUAUACUCUUUGUAAAGAAUUCUCAAGUUGCGGAUCUCACUUUACUUCUAGUCACUUCUUUAUAGCUGAAACUAAUAGAAGAAAUCGUCUUUUAAUUAAUUUUUCUUAAAAUAUUGACGGAUUAGAACUAGAAGCAGGACUUCCUGAAUCAAAACUAGUUUAAGCUCAUGGUCAUUUUAGAACAGCAAAGUGUGUUAACUGUAAAAAAGUUGCAGAUAUUGAAUUAUUCAAUGAAGCAGUUAAAAAUGAUAAAAUAUGUUAUUGCAAAGAAUGUGAGGAAGGUAUUGUAAAACCUGAUAUUGUUUUCUUUGGUGAGAGUCUUCCAUAGAGUUUCUUUUAAUAAAUAGACAGCUUAAAUAAGGCUGAUUUGGUAUUCGUCAUGGGAACUUCUCUCAAAGUUUUUCCAUUUGCAGCUUUAGUUGAUUUAUUCAAAGAAGAUGUCCCAAUAGUAUUGAUUAAUAGAGAAAACCCUGGAAUAAAAAGAAGAAGAUUCCUAUUUUUAGAAGGUGAAAUAGAUGACAAUGUAGAAAAAAUUAUGAAGGAUAUUUCUUGGGAUUUUCCUGAAAUUAAAAGAACAUACCCUGAAGGAACUGUAUUAGAGAAGAAAUAAAACCUUUGA